CCUCUUUGCCAGGACGCACCUCAUCGCCCCCUGAUCGAUCAGCACAGUCUUUUCAGCAAUGGAGCAACAGAUUAAGCGCCAGACUGUUCACACUUUUGAAGGCCAUUCCGCAUCUGUUACCCCACCUUAUCAAAUGUAUGCUCACAGUGUCAUCGGAGGUGCAGGCGGACGUGGGACCAAGAUCUCCACCGCCACCUACGGCUCGCGGGUUGGAAGCUUGGGCAGUGGGUAUGACUACCGCCCCUUGUUCUAUGCAUUCAAUGCCGCAGACAUGGCCAUGGCAAAUGAGAAGUCAACCAUGCAGCACCUGAACGACCGGCUGGCCAUCUACAUGGAUAAAGUCAAGAAUCUGGAGCAAGCCAACAGCAAGCUGGAGAUCAAAAUCAGGAAGGCCAUUGAAGACAGAGGCCUCUUGGGGGGGAAGGACUACACCAAGUUCAAACCCAUUAUUGAAGAACUGAGAGCCAAGAUAUUAGAAAGGAUAAAGGGAAACACACAUCUCGCCAUCUCUUUUGACAAUGCACACAUGGCCUCAGAUGACUUCAGAACCAAGAUGGAGUAUGAGCUGUCCAUGCAUCUAACAGUGGAGGCUGAUAUUACCAGACUGAGGAAGAUUCUGGACGACACCAAUGUCACUUGUCUACACCUGGAGAGCGACAUUGAGAGUCUGAGAGAAGAGAAGAUCUACCUGGAGAAGAAUCAUCAGACUGAAAUUGAAGAAUUGCUUGCCCAGAAAAGCCAAUUUGCCAUCAACGUCGAUGUUGAUGCUCCUAAAGGACAAGACAUGGCCAAGGUCAUGGAGGAGAUGAGGGCUAAGUACGAGAGUAUAGCACUGAAGAGCCAAGAGGAAGUCAAAGCGUGGCAUGAAUCUCAGAUGAAGGAGAUAAAGGUCAGAGUGACUGAGAACACAUCAGCUCUGAAGGAGGCCACGACUACAAUUACUGAUAUCAGGAGGAAAUAUCAGACACUGGAGAUUGAACUGCAGUCUGCACUUAAUAUGAAAGCAACCCAGGAGGCCACUCUUCUUGACAUUGAAACGCGUAACAACAUGGGGAUGGAGCGGUACAACAAAGUCACCCAGAGGCUGAAAGACGAGCUGAGUAAGAUCUGCACGAACAUCCAGGAUGAAAAAAGAGAAUACGAAAGCCUGCUCAACAUCAAAGUGAAACUGGAGGCCGAGAUCGCUGAGUACAGAAGGCUGCUGGAAGGCGAGCCACUCUUCAGACUGGAGGAAGCAGUGGAAACGAAGAAGGUCAAGACCCAAGUGGUGACAAUCACUCAGACCCUGGUGGAUGGCAAACUGGUGUCAGAGGACAAGGACGUGCAAUCCACUGAGUCAGUUGUCAGUUAACAGCAAUAGAUGUUGAAACUGAAAAAAAACCCUGUAACUAAAUAAAAUGACCAACA